GGCCUGGAUUAAAUGAGGAAGCGGACGUUGUCAGAUAAGCACGGAGCUAACGCAGUUAGCUGGGACAAACAAAACUGGUUUACUCGUAGCGUUUCUCCGCAGACAACUGCUUAGUUUUAUAAACGGUCUCGCUUUGACAGGUGGAUGCUCAUGUAGGAGGGCAGGCAGCUGCUAUGUUGACCGGGCCGGGUGCAUUUGGAGGCUCUUCCUUCCUCCAGACUGACGAUGUCGGUGGGACUCGCUAGUUACGCCUGAACUCUCUUCGGCGCUGCUGCUGCUUCACAAGUUGGCUGUUGUUGGACACUCAGCUCGGGGAAUGACGACGCACGGCGUGUCCCAGGACCCCUCACAGGGUGCAGGGGAGGGGGGAGAGCUAGUACACACGUUAUCUAAAGAGACCCCCGGGUCGCCGGAUGCCUCUGAGUUGGGGAGCCCGCGGAGUACACCAAACUUUGACCUCUUCAACAUGGUUGUGUCCUAUAAGAGAAUGGCUCUGCUUAUAGAACCGGUUGCAGAUGCAGUGGAGCUGACGCGCUUCCUGCUCGGAUGGAAGAUGCCCGUGUGCUCUCUGCUUGUCUGUGUAUUCCUCAAUAUCUUCUUCUGCACUGUUAAUGAAGUGGGCUGGUUCACUGUGGGUGUAGUGGCACUGACGGCGCCUGCUGCCCUGGGUUACCUGCAGGACAGGUGUGGGGGCAGAGCCUCAGACGCUGAGCUCCAGAGGAGGCGCUACCACGCUGUGUACCGCCGAGACUGGCAGACGGUGCAUCUCACCAAACAGGAGGCCAUGCUGGAAGUCAAACAACUGUUGAAGCAGCUGGAUGACAUGCUGUCCUCUGCCUGCCUGUCUGCAGAAGCUAUUUACGAGGUCCUAUACUGGGACAAUCACACCAAGUCGUCAAGGUUCUAUGCAGGGAUGUUAAUAUUGGCGUGUCUGCUCUACGUCGCUCCUGUGGGCUGGGUGUUCGCCGGUCUCAACAGCGUCAUCUUCCUGUGGAACAGAGACUUCUGCAGAGUUUUGUUGGACCUCAGAAAGCUGUCCUACAUGGGUCAGGCCCAGACCUCAGAGGGGGCAUGUGAAGUGCAGGAACAGGGCAACUUGUUGGACAGGACCCCUACACCAACUAGUCUGGAGGACCUGUCUCCUGGCAGUGUGGAGGAAGCUGAGGAGGCAGAGCCUGAUGAUGAAUUCAAAGAUGCCAUUGAGGAGCAUUCAAUGUCCUUGCAGGAAACGCCUUUGGUCUUAGUGGAGGAUGAUGACGGGCCUCUUGGAGCUCCCGAGUAUGACACCAUCUCCGAAAAUGGUCUCUUGAGCCGCAAUGAACCAAUACGCAGCAAAGUGUCCAAACUGACAGAGAAACUGCGUAAACGCUACCCCACCACCAGCACAGGCAACUGUUCUAGCUGCAAUGCUGUCUUCUCAGUGCUGAAGAAAAGGAGGAGCUGCAGUAACUGUGGCAACAGCUUCUGUUCCCGAUGCUGUUCUUUCAAGGUGCUGAGAUCUUGCAUGGGGGCAACAGCUCCAGAGGCACAGAGAGAGACAGUAUUUGUUUGUGCUGCCUGUAAUUCCUCUCUCAUCAAGUUACAGUGAGCUGGCAUGUCAGUCUUGUCUCCCUGUGGCCAGCUGGAGAUCAUUCACUGUUCAUACCUGAGCCCCAGUCCAAGUUACUGAAACCCUACUUGCCUUGGUUUUCAGGUUAAGGCACUUCUGUCUGUCAAGAUAUCUAACUCCAAGAAACCCCCAUAUCAUAUCCCUCCUUAGCUACUCAUGCUGCUUAUGGGACAUCUACUGUAAUAUGUUAAAUAUUUCCUGUUUCAAGUCUCAAUGAAGAACUGGACCUUCUGAAUCAAUGAGAUUAACUACAGAGCAGAGUGGCACCAAAAUCAACAGACCUGUUCCCUUUGCUGAGCAGAGGGAGGUGCAGAGUAUGCAGGGUGGAGGCCAGAAUUGGACUGGUUGUGUCGGGCAAUAUAAACAAGAUUAUAGGCUGCCUGUCUACGGUUUUGCUUUUACUUUGUUGAUUCCGCUUGAAUCAUGACAUUUUCAGCCCCAUGUUGCAGUUUAACAGUACUGUAAUUCUGAGAGGACUCUCAGCAUUAGCGGCUGGCACUGUAUACAUUUAGUUAUAGGUUUUUAGAUCGGGGAUGAAUGCGAUGGAGUGAUCAAAAGGCUGGCAGUGUGAAUUUGCUUUGUUCAGAUGAACAAAAUAACAUACAACCGAAACAAGCUCUACAUUUAGCUUCUAUUGCCACAGUGUGCGCAGGCUGGCUAGCUAAACUCAGAAAUUUUGUUUGCUCCAAUAAACUUUGACCUGCAGCUGGUCAACAAUGUCAUGUGAUUAGUUCUGGGUUUGUCCAAGUUUUUGGGGACACUGCUUUUAAUUUUCUUGUUUUACUAGGUUUGUCUACUGCCACUGCAAACCACAUUUUCCUCAAGUUGGUAAGUAUACAGGCUCAGAGAGCAAAUGGCACAUUUUUAAAUGGUGUUCCCACCAACUAAAAGAGCUUACAUGACAUAACUGGAAUAGAUAUAACAUGCCAUCAAGCAAUUAACUCUAUGGCAGUACUGAGAGUGCAUGGCCUGCGGUGAAUCAUAUUACAUUUUUGACAAAUUGACGGUGUUCUGGAGGGUGGUGAACGGGGUUUGUGAACAUUUUGAUCCCAGAUUUGUUUUGCGGAUCAGUUUUGGUUGUAAUAAUCAUUUUUCUGGUGUUGACAUGUCAUAUUAGCGUUUUAGUAUAGCAGCAGCCUACAGGUCAAAGAAAUUGCUAGAGGUCCCUGGAGCCCGUGGUAUUCCUCUAACUGGAUCAAAGUCAACCCAACUGGUUUAAAGUUGUUUAAAUGGACUGAGCAACCAGCUGGAAUUGUCAUCAGAGCCUCACACUCUUGCAAGCGGGACUUAAAAGAAUUGAUGUGGAGGCAUUUUAACCCAAGAUGUGGAUCUUGUUGGUAAAGUUUUAAUCAAGAUUCAGACACAGAUGAUUGUAAUUGUUUGCUUUUAUUGUAAUCAUGUAUCAAGUUUUACUCUAAACUGUACUACUAUAUCUAUUUAAUUUAAAAGUCCAGAAAGUGCAAGUUAUUUGACUUAAUAAUUCAUUCUGUAUAUAUUGCCCUGAUUUUAUGGAUGAACCUAUGCUAUUAUUGAAAUAAACUCUGAAGGUUUGAUUAACUUAAAGUC